AUGACUGCGACGUGGGGAGAAUUACCAACCGAAAUAUUGAUAUCAAUAAUGUCGUAUUUGGAUGCUAAAGAACUGGCUCGAAUGGGGAAUGUUAAUUAUCACUGGAAACGUGUCUGUGAAGAUGAUUCAUUGUGGAGACCUCUGCUUAUUCGUGAUUAUCUAUUACCGCGAGAUACUAAUCUUAAGGUAUAUGAUCGGUGGGUGGAUGAAUACAAAUUGUUGAAAUUUGAUUCACCAAUAAAUCUGUCUGAAAAUCUUCGAGAUUGUCCACAAGGUAUAACAAAUGUGGCGUUUUCGCCUGAUGGCAAAUUAUUCUGUACGACGGCAAAUGAUGGCUCUUUUAAGAUAUGGACAGCGACACGACCAACGUACUUAAUUCAUGAACGUUAUCUUGACGAGUCGCUGGGUUGGGAACGAGCUUUGUUCUCGAAAUUCAGUGCUGACUCUAAAUCAUUGCUUGUUUCGGGUAUCAAACAAAAUCAAAACGGCGAAAUCGCCGUGUUCACUAUCGACGGUACUUUUGCAAACCAUAUUUUCGAAUAUUUUUUGCCUGAUGAACGCACGAUUACAAUUGACUCAAAUUCAGUCGAUGCUUUCAAAGAACAAAUCCGAGCCAUAUUUGCAGCUGAUGAAGCAGAGGUGCACUUCUCAAGUAGAGUCAAAAACAAUCCAGCUGAUGUGAACGCGUGUUGGUACAAUAAUUCGCACCUCAUCAUCAGCGACUUAUUCACUUUCAACCACAAUCUUCUGUUCAGCUCGAUAAUUGGAAGUUCAAUUUCGUUGCUGUGGAUUUGCUCGGGUGCGUCUGCCUUGAACGAAACAAACGAAUCAGUGCUCAAACCACUUUUGAGGAUACCAAAUCAGCGCGGUGGAUAUUGUCAAAUGUUUGAAAUUGCCCAGUAUAUACCCACUCGGUUACGCAGCGUUGUCUAUCUUUCUCGACAAGCCGCCUUAGAGAAAACGGUAUUAACUAUUUUUUAA